AUGAAAGGAGAGCUGAGCAUUGAUGAGGGAAUUUCAGCAAAAAGGUUGAAUAAAAAGAAACAGGUCUUUCAUGGAGACCUGAUAGGCAGUUGCUAUGCAGAGGGUCUCGACUGUGACCUUUCUGAAGUUGCCAAACUUGUGCAUCAUGUACUUACUAGUUCAGAUAAUGCUUUUCAAGACAGCUUAGCCACAAAAGAUUGUUCACAAGGCUACAAGUGCUUGGCAGAAAAGGUUGAUCCUAUUUCGAGUUCAAGUUCUAUCCAAAAGGUUCUUAAGAAAGUGUCAUAUUUUGCAGGUUUCAAGUUAAAUCCAAGGCCUUGGUUUGCUAUAAACCAUGCCGGUUUAAGAGGAGAAAAGUCGCCUGACGUUAAUGAAAUCAAAUCCUGUACAAUUAAAAAAUUUGAAGAAGUAUCAAGAGAUGAUAGUACUCACUUGAAAGACAGCACUGGUUACAAGGUUAGAGUUACCUCGAGAUCAAUUUCUGUAAUCCGUAGAGAGCUGCCAGAGUCAGCUCUUGGUUGGCCUCUUCUACGAAGAACCACUCGUCUAGCUCAAGAAAAUUCAGAAGUAAGGAAUUCAAAUGAAAAGAAGAUUUCUUCUGAUCUCAAAGCAGAUGAUUCUCUUGUCAAGAAAUGCAAGAUUGAAGGGACUGUUGUCCAAUUGUCUCACACCACAGAAGAUAAGCCAAGAGAUGGCAGCAGCAAUAGAGAAGAUGAGAAGUUUGGCCUUAGACAGGAAGUUUCUUCAAAUUCAGGUUCUGUACUUACCAAAGAAUCCACACGAUCAGUGCCUGGCUGGCCAUUUCUCCGCAUAAAAACUUCUGCAUCUUUAGAAUUUUUGCAAGAAUCUCAGGCUGAAGAAUUUUCAGUGGUUCGAUGGGCUUUGAAUCUACCCAAUCGAUCGAAAGAAACAACUACGAAGUUCCAAAUUGAUUUUGUUUCCCAAGAAGUAGAGAGUUAUGUUGAAAACAAGAUAUUCGGUUAUGAUGACAAGCACAACGAUGCUUGCUUAGCAGCACCAACGAAGCUACCAAAGAAGGUGGACUGUUAUGGCUGCAAGCAGUUCAGCUAUAAGGAGCUGAAGAAGGCAACUUGUCAUUUCUCCUCAGAGAACUUCGUUGGAGAGGGAGGGUGUAGCAAUGUAUAUAAAGGAUAUCUUCCUGGUGGUAAGCAAGUGGCAGUGAAGAUCCUAAAACAGUACAAGGAAGCUUGGAAUGACUUCUCCUUGGAAGUUGAUAUCAUAAAUGAUGCAAGGAUCAGUGUCGUUAUUCAAGUGUCAAUGAUAAUGCAGCCGCAGUUAUCUGAUUUUGGACUUGCCAUAUGGGGACCUGUUGAUUUAGCCUAUGCAACACAUAGUGAUGUUGUUGGAACUUUUGGGUAUAUAGCUCCUGAAUAUUUCAUGAAUGGGAUGGUCAGUGACAAAAUUGAUGUGUACUCUUUUGGCAUAGUUCUCCUUGAAUUAUUAACCGGAAAGAAACCAAUCAUUUCCAAAGGUCUGAAAGGACAAGAGAGCCUGGUUAAGUGGGCUACCCCAUUACUAGAGAGCAGGAAUCUAAAAGCUUUGCUGGAUCCGAAGAUGGAUAGAGACUUUGACAUUGUUCAAAUUCAAAGAAUGGUUCUUGCAGCAACUCUCUGCGUCAGACAGACAGCUAGAUUACGUCCUCAAGUGAGCCAGAUACUUGAGCUAUUGAGAGGGGAGAAAGGUGAAAGAGAAUGGGUGAAUGGCUAUGCUAAUGAUUUAAAAAAGUCGAGCAAUGAGGAAUUUGAUGACCUUUUCCUGGAAUUUGGCUGCAAACCAUGCAUGGAGGCUUCAUUUCUGGAAUUGGAUUAUGAUGAUGCAUCUCCUAGUAGUGUUGAUACUGCAUCGCUAAGUAGUGUUGAUGUCACUUCACCAAGUAGAGCAGGACGAAAGAGCCGUUUUAUGUUGGGAGACUACCUAAAAGAAGAGCAGGAUUGA